UUCUUUCUCGUUGAAAAAGCAUUUUACAAAAUACUUCUUUCAAAGUAAUUUACAUUUACCUUUUCCCCGUUAGUAACCAAACCAGUCUAUCACAAUCAUUCUUUACCGUUGCCCAGUCCCUUUAACAGUGUACCUAUAUUUGUUACAAUCACAACAUCAACCAACAGGUCCUCGUUACGCGAGAAUCAUUAAUGCGCGACCACGUGACCGAAACACUUCAUGUUUACCUCUUUUUAUUUAUAUUAUUUCUUGAGUCAAAAAUCAAUCUUCUUUGGCGGUUUACCAAGCAAAUCUUUCAAACCAAAUGACUUUGUAUCAAAUAUCCUUUCAUUGUUGGUCAUAAGAGAAAUCAGAUUCCCACUACUGAAUGGUCUGUUUAGUUUCUGUUUUGUAUUGUGACAAGAUGUGGAGCCCUUACGACAAGGACAAGUUCGUUGGAGCUGUUAUUAUCAUCGUUGUUCUUGUUUCUUCACCACGGCAGACGAGAGCCGCGCCAAUCAAAGAUCGCACGUCACGUGACCUAAUGCAGAUCAUAAAGGAUGCCGGGAAGGUAUUCCAAAAAGCAGGAGAGACAGCGUUGCGAACCCUUCUCCCUAAAGUCAUGAACUCUGGCCUAAUACCUGGAAUGAAGCCCAACUCCCAGAAGGCAACGCAACCUUACGGACCAAAGAUACCGCUGAACACUCUCAACGAGUACUCAAUUAGUCCUGUUAUUCCAAAUCAGAAGGUUACAGUCACGUGAUAGUAUGUUGAAUUAAUCACGUGACAAAAAUUUGAUUAAAGCUGUUUUAUAGAAGUGGAAAACGAUAUAGGCCAAAUUUAGUCACAUGCCGAAGCCGUUGUAUUGCUGGGUUUCACUAGACAUCAUUUCCUGUCUACUGGGGGAGGGGAUGUUCAUCAGCUGAAUCACAAGUAUUUCAAUAGAAUUCUUUCUGGUUGACAGCACAUGGUGGUCAGUG